GCGUCCCCCGCCCCCACACCUGGGUUUGACUACAAAACUGCCCUCCCGGUGGCAGCUGCACCCUGGGUUCCUUCUCCACCCUUUUUUCCCAAGCCUGGGGUCCUCCUCUGCUUUUUGGCUUCCUCUUCUGUUUAGCUCCGCCCUCUGCCCGGGGAUUCCCCCCUCCCUCACUCUUAUCCCUGUUGCCGCCGUCCCGAAUUAUUUUAAGUCGUCAGCCCUUUCCACAUCACGACGCCUUUUAUAAUGUCCAUCCAUGCUGUCUUUCCUCGUUGUCUGUGCUCCAGCCCCGAAUCUUUCCAUGGCCUCUGCCUUUACCCCUUUUCCUAUUUUGUCCGUUUCCUCCGAUGUCUCUAUGCCACCCCAGCACUGGGUUCCCUUUUCCCUGAUCUGAAGAUUGUGGCCCUCUCUUCCUCUGCUGCUUCUGAUUCCGUUACCCCACUGACACCCACCCACCCAGCUCCUGGCUUCCAAGAAUUGUCUGUUCCCUUCUCCUGAAGGGAUCUAGGCUCUCCCCAUCAUUCCCAAAGUACUACUUACAUUCUCCUUUGACCUUAAGCCUUACCCUUCUUCUCUGGAGUGCUUUAUGAUUCCUGUAACUUUCUUUAACUUCCCUCUACCCUUCCUCAAUUCCCCCAACCUCUGGAGGUUUGUUUCUGUAGAGGAGAGAUCUGACAGUGCCCCUUCCCAUUCAGGAUUUCCAACUUCGACACCUCCCUCGAGUUUCAAGGGUUUUGCUGAUCCUUGUGACACUUGGUUCUGUUUUCCCUAUGGUCUUUACGUGUUCUCUGUCAUACUCUUUACCUUUACAUACCACUUAUUUCUGGAUCAGCUAAACCUUGAGCUAAGAAGAAAAUGUGUUGGGAGGAGGGGGAGCCUCAGCUGUCUCAGGCUUUUCUCUGGACAGUAGGGUGUUUCUGAAGGAUGGAGCAAGUUUAAAAGAAGUUCCUAUCAGAUUACACUUUGUUGGAGGAACGAACAGUCCUGCAUGGAAACUGAAUGAGGUUGUGAGAAAUUUUGUUUUGGAUUAUUUAAUUUUAGGUUUGUCUUAAAGGGAUCACAAAAUAGAGUCUCCUCCCACUCCUAAGAGGAAUCAGUUUACUGUCUCUGGCUUCACUAGAAUGGUUUUGGUUGAUUCCUUAAGAGUUUAGGCCUGGAGUGGGGUUGGUCAGGGGGUAACUGGGAAAAGGAACAUGAGACAAUGGAAAGAGCUUGUAUAUUCAGAAUCAGGACUCCUGAGUUCAGCAUGUGACUUCCUCACUUGACCUUUAGGAUGACUUUUUUUGGGAAAAUGGUCCACUGUAUAGGCAUCAGUGCAGUAAUAGGCUUAUAGCAGGAUGUGGGUUGGGGGAAAAAAUUAGACUUAAUUAUUUGUUUACAAAACAUUCUGGGUUCCUCAGACACAGGGUAUUUAUGAGUAGUGAUUUAGUUGUUCUGAGAAUUUUCUUUCAUUCUGGUCUCUCUGUUGGGCCUUUCUAGUCUUACAACCAUGGGAGUAAAUCAGUUUGAAAGACAAGCUCCAGGCCAGCUUCUUUCAUCUGCCUUGCUUUUUUCCCCCACUGCUGUAAGUUGCUGACCACCUUUGCUGUUCCUCUUGUACUUGAGCCAUAACUCCAGAUUCUGUAGAUGGAAAGUAUGUUUCCAUCUACAAGUAUGUGGGAAAAGUCCUUUGAAGAAAGUAUGUGGGAAAGUCCUUUGAAGAAACUGGCUGGAAAAGAAAACUUGGAGUGCGUUAGGCCUUAGGAAACUAGUUUCUUCCUUGUAUGCCAUGUCUCUUGGCCUGCGAUAGCGAAGAGAGCAUAUGAAGUUCCAUUCAUCUUCCUACUCUACGCCUGUUUGAAAGUCAUCAUGCUGCCUCAUCCCACUUCUCCCUUUGUCUCCCUCCUCGUUAGCCAGUGUCCAAUCUCAUAAUUCCCCUGUUUAGGAGCAGCUUCACUCCUUGGAAGCACCCCCAAAGAGAAGUCAUAUUUCCCCUAGUUUCCCUGCUUCCUUCUCAGCGCUGGGUCCACACUGCACAAGAACAUGUUUGUUGAAUGCCAUCUAAAGCAGCAAAUUGAGAUUCUUUGAUUUGGGGAAGAAGUUUGAGAGGGACCUCUCAGUAACUGGCAUGAGACAAGAGAGGGCCUAGUUCAAGUGCAUUUGGAGCUUGCAGCAGGAAGGAACAAUUCAGAGAGAGAGAACAAUCCGCCAAGUCCUUUAACGGAGGCCGUGGAGGGUUGUUUGCCUACAGUCUUUUGAGGUGAUGAGAGGCGGGAAGCCAUGCCUGGAAGCUCGAAGUCUGGCUGUGGCCAUGGGGGACACGGUAGUGGAGCCUGCCCCGCUGAAGCCAACUUCUGAGCCCACUCCUGGCCCAUCAGGGAACAAUGGGGGCUCCUUGCUAAGUGUCAUCACGGAGGGGGUCGGGGAACUAUCAGUGAUUGACCCUGAGGUGGCCCAGAAGGCCUGCCAGGAGGUGCUGGAGAAAGUCAAGCUUUUGCAUGGAGGCGUGGCCAUCUCUAGCAGAGGCACCCCACUGGAGUUGGUCAAUGGGGAUGGUGUGGACAGUGAGAUCCGUUGCCUGGACGAUCCACCCUCUCAGAUAAGGGAGGAGGAAGAUGAGAUGGGGGCCACAGUGGCCUCGGGCACAGCCAAGGGAGCAAGAAGGCGGCGGCAGAACAACUCAGCCAAACAGUCUUGGCUGCUGAGGCUGUUUGAGUCGAAACUAUUUGACAUCUCCAUGGCCAUUUCAUACCUGUAUAACUCCAAGGAGCCUGGAGUGCAAGCGUACAUCGGCAACCGGCUCUUCUGCUUUCGUAAUGAGGACGUGGACUUCUAUUUGCCCCAGUUGCUUAACAUGUACAUUCACAUGGAUGAGGACGUGGGUGAUGCCAUCAAGCCCUACAUCGUCCACCGUUGCCGCCAGAGCAUUAACUUUUCUCUCCAGUGUGCCCUGUUGCUGGGGGCCUACUCUUCAGACAUGCACAUUUCCACUCAACGACACUCCCGCGGGACCAAGCUCCGGAAGCUAAUCCUCUCAGAUGAGCUGAAGCCAGCUCACCGAAAGAGGGAGCUGCCCUCCUUGAGCCCAGCCCCUGACACAGGGCUGUCUCCCUCUAAAAGGACUCACCAGCGCUCUAAGUCAGAUGCCACCGCCAGCAUAAGUCUCAGCAGCAACCUGAAACGAACAGCCAGCAAUCCUAAAGUGGAGAAUGAGGAUGAGCCCGUCAGACUGGCUCCCGAGCGAGAAUUCAUCAAGUCCCUGAUGGCGAUUGGCAAGCGGCUGGCCACGCUCCCCACCAAGGAACAGAAAACACAGCGGCUGAUCUCAGAGCUCUCCCUGCUCAACCAUAAGCUCCCUGCCCGAGUCUGGCUGCCCACUGCUGCCUUUGACCACCACGUGGUCCGCGUGCCCCACACCCAGGCUGUUGUCCUCAACUCUAAGGACAAGGCUCCCUACCUGAUCUAUGUGGAAGUCCUCGAAUGUGAAAACUUCGACACCACCAACGUCCCCGCCCGGAUCCCGGAGAACCGAAUUCGUAGCACCCGGUCUGUAGAGAACCUGCCCGAAUGCGGCAUCACCCAUGAGCAGCGGGCAGGCAGCUUCAGCACUGUGCCCAACUAUGACAACGAUGAUGAGGCCUGGUCGGUGGAUGACAUAGGCGAGCUGCAGGUGGAGCUCCCUGAAGUGCACACCAACAGCUGUGACAACAUCUCCCAGUUCUCCGUGGACAGCAUCACCAGCCAGGAGAGCAAGGAGCCUGUGUUCAUUGCAGCAGGCGACAUCCGACGGCGCCUUUCGGAGCAGCUGGCUCACACCCCCACAGCCUUCAAACGAGACCCAGAAGACCCUUCUGCAGUUGCUCUCAAAGAGCCCUGGCAGGAGAAAGUGCGGCGCAUUAGAGAGGGCUCCCCCUAUGGCCAUCUCCCCAAUUGGCGGCUCCUGUCAGUCAUUGUCAAGUGUGGGGAUGACCUUCGGCAGGAGCUGCUGGCCUUCCAGGUGUUGAAGCAACUGCAGUCCAUUUGGGAACAGGAGCGAGUACCCCUGUGGAUCAAGCCAUACAAGAUUCUUGUGAUUUCGGCCGACAGUGGCAUGAUUGAACCAGUGGUCAAUGCUGUGUCUAUCCACCAGGUGAAGAAACAGUCACAGCUCUCCUUGCUCGAUUACUUCCUGCAGGAGCAUGGCAGUUACACUACUGAGGCAUUCCUCAGUGCCCAGCGCAAUUUUGUGCAGAGUUGUGCUGGCUACUGCUUGGUCUGCUACCUGCUGCAAGUCAAGGACAGACACAAUGGGAAUAUCCUGUUGGACGCAGAAGGCCACAUCAUCCACAUCGACUUUGGCUUCAUCCUGUCCAGCUCACCCCGAAACCUGGGCUUUGAGACAUCAGCCUUUAAGCUGACCACAGAGUUUGUAGACGUGAUGGGCGGCCUGGAUGGCGACAUGUUCAACUACUACAAGAUGCUGAUGCUGCAGGGGCUGAUUGCUGCUCGGAAACACAUGGAUAAGGUGGUGCAGAUCGUGGAGAUCAUGCAGCAAGGUUCUCAGCUUCCUUGCUUCCAUGGCUCCAGUACCAUCCGCAACCUCAAGGAGAGGUUCCACAUGAGCAUGACUGAGGAGCAGCUCCAGCUGCUGGUGGAGCAGAUGGUGGAUGGCAGCAUGCGGUCUAUCACCACCAAACUCUACGAUGGCUUCCAGUACCUCACCAACGGCAUCAUGUGACAUCCUCCUUCUCAGGCCCCGGAGCAGUGGGGGAUUCAGGGGACCCUCCCUGAGAAGGCCCUUGUCAGAGAAACCCUAAACCAGGAAGCCCCACCCACCCAGCCAUCCACCAAGGGAAAUGGAAGGCAAGAAAUACAGAGGAUCAUGUGGUAACUGUAGAGCUUGCCGGGGGGUUGGGAGAACCAGCCGUGGGGUCCAGACUUGCUGGGGCUUCCCUACCACCCCCCACCAGCUGUGUCAGUAUUACCACCUGACAGACUCCAGGGCUCAAUGCUCUCCAGAGAACAGAAGUGAUAAAUGUGAGGGACACUGGGGCCUUUCUUCUCCUCACUAGGGUUCGAGAGGUUCUUUCCGCAGGCCAUCCUCUUAAUGUGUCCUGGGUCCCAGGAAGGAGAAAAGAGUAGGUUCUUGGUACUAAGGACUUGAUCCUGUGGUUGGCCUUUGGCCAUGCUGCUGCCCAACUCUGUCACCUCCCAGGGACUGACCCCUAGCCCGAGCUCCCCUUGGUAGGUGGGCUUUGGCAUAGGGUCCUGCACUUGCUGAGGUUCCCCAUCCCAGGAGUGAGGAAGGGAAUAAUCACAGCCCCUCCAGUCUGAGGGUAUUGGCCUAGCCGUGGGGAAUUCCUUGCCCUUAUCCUUUCCCCACACCCAGGGAAAUAGCUCUCAAUUUUUAUUUUUUAUUUUUAAUUUUUGUUUGAAAUAAAGUCCUUAGUUAGCCAUCUG